AUGAGCCCCAUCCCUGCUCCUACUAUUCGUGGGCGGGAAAAGUGGCCGGAUGCUGAUUUCGACCUGCCUGAAGGCCAUACCAUUCACGGCGACACCACUUCCGACAUGGAUGACAAUGAAGAAGACUGGAAUAUGCCUGAGGUCGACAUCCCGCCACACUCGCACUCACUGGCAAAGUCGCCCCCCUUCAUUUCCAUUGCCCGCCCCCAGCCCUCACUACAGCCCAAUGAUGACAAUGACGACGAGGGCGCAUCCACCAUCAAGGCCUCCGCGACUGUAAAACCUGUCAUUCAGAAAUCUCUUCCAGGCACCAUAGAGGAGGACUUCGAAGAAGGGUUAUUCUUACCCUCUGAAUUGACCCAAUUGUCAUUGGCACCUUUGACUCUCAAUCACCGAUCCUCCAAGGGCUCUCUUGAAUGGGGCGACAAAGACCAUACCUCUUCUUCUCAGUCUUCCGACGCCUAUUCCAACCUCGGUCUCACCAAUGCUUCUUCCAACCCGGAGUCAGAAACUGAUGAAGACGAAAGUGAACUUGAAGGGCUCAUCAUCCCUUCAGACGUAUUCGAUUCUUGCAAAGGAGCUCGUCAUCUCACCAACCUUUUAACUUUGAAGAAAGCCGCUGUUAUGUCGGAUUAUCAAGUCAAGGUUGCUACUCCUGAUCCCGAGGAUGAUUUUGAGAUGGGUCUAGUCAUUGAGGACGAUGCUGAUUUUAGUCCCAGUCGGCUAUUAUCCAAUACUCAGCAGUCACAUUUGCACUCUGCGGAUAACCGAAGCAAGAGUGUCCCUCCUCAUCAGAGGAAUGUUUCAGCUACGAGGCCUUCGUGGCGACUGAGGUCUGGUAGGCCCAAGUCCCCUGUCAAACCUGGCCCAACCGCCUCCCGAAAUGCCCAAAAGUCUGGACCUUCACCCUCUCCACCUUUGUAUCCGCCUUCGCGCUCGAACACGCCUUCGACUGCUCCGUCUUCAUUUUUAUCUCCCAGGCCCGGCAGUCUCCGCGGGCAAAAGUCUCAUACAGGUCUCAACUCGCCUCCAACCUCCAAGAAGAUCUCAAGGAAAUCGUCAUUGUCUUCACUGAUGGGCAGCAGUAACCGAACGUCAGGAUCUUCCGUGCCGAGCUCCUCAAACAGUGCUCGUUACGAAGAACCUACUACCGCGUCGCGUGCCAAGUCGCACAAGGCAUCCAUGAGUCGAGUAACACAAGAUUACAAAGUCCCCCCCACCCGUCCUUCCACCCCUUCUACAAGUACUGCUGCUCUUCGUCUGACGGUUCCCACUACUGGUCGCCUCAAGUCGCGUCCGACAUUGUCGGCUGUUUUCGGUUCGUCGGGAGACGCACCCAUCCGUCGAACAGCAUCGCCACUUCCACCACGUCCAGCAUCUACUUCCAAGCUUGCUUCACACACAUCAGCACCUAAAGUGCUUCGUAGGCCGAAACGCCUGCGCACAUAUGGGGAUGGCACGGAACUUGAUGGUAUUGAAGACUUGCCCACUGAUCGAGACAAGGAGAGUCGGUUCAGGGUACAGCCCAAAGGCCAUGGCCAUCGCAUUCCUGGUGGUAGCUUUGCUAAAUCGCCUGGUGACACCCUUCGUAGGAAAAACUUGCGCGAAGGUUCGAGUGCCGAGCCUAUAACGUUUGCAACUUCUUUCUUUUCCAAGCGUGCAUCGAAAUUGGAUCCAUCCAACUCGAAUCCGUCGGGACGUUCCCCGCCGAUGAGAAAGAAGGUUGCAUUAUCGACACAAACGAGGCCUACUCUGAUACGGAAUCUGGGUGGCGUUGGAGGUCCCAAAGUUGUUGGUGACAUGAAAUGGAAUCCACAUACCAUGCGAUGGGAAGGAAACGAACAAGUCUUACGUGACUUUGAUGCUGUUGUCGCGUCCACGCGACCAGCGCUAAUCACACAUCUCACUGGAUCAUCAAUAGGCUCCUCCGCGAGCUCUUUCGGCUCUGGCGCGCGGAUAGUGGGGAACAUGGUCUUUGAUCCCAUACGCUUGUGCUGGAUCUCAACUCUGCCACCGGAAGAGGAUGAACCAGAUGUCUUUGCUAACCUCGCCGAUGAUGAGGAUGAUAGUGACAGCUGGGAAUCCAAAGCCGGGACCAUUCGAGCUUCUGUUCAGUCGAAUGUGGCGACUUCAUCCUCUCUUCCUGAUCGUAGUCAAACAUGGACACCGUCGGACUGUGGUAGCGACCGUGGUUCGCGAGGGUCGAUGGUAUUUGACAUCGAUGACACGUUUGUGCGGAACUGCCGAAAAGCAGAAGAGCGGCAUAAUAUAGAAAUCAAAGGAUGGAAGAACUCUCUCUCGCGCGAAGAUGCUCUGUGUGAACCUGAUCGCUCCUUCCUGUACGAGAUAAGGACUCUUGCUACUCGCAAGUACUAA